AUGCCUCCUCCUCAGUCAAGAAUACGAGCGCUACCUUCAGAUGUGAUUGCAAAGAUCAAAUCAUCUACAUCCAUUGUGCAUCUGACUGGUGUCAUUUUGGAGCUAGUCAAAAAUUCUUUGGAUGCCAAUGCACAUACCGUCUUUGUCACUGUUGAUUUCAAACGUGGUGGCUGUAUAGUUGAAGACGAUGGCGAUGGAAUUCCUCCGGUCGAGUUCGAAGCUGCAGGAGGGCUGGGCAAGCCUCACCGCAUGUCUCCCAACCUUCUGAUUGGAAUGUUUCGCGUUAAGAGUCGAGCUCUCACUCUUCAGCGGCCGGACGAGCUAGAACGAGAGUGGGACUAUCUAAGGAACUCCCUGGUGUCUCUCCUUUUGGCCAAUCCUCAAUUCUCAAAACUAGUCUUCCUCGAUGUAGAAAGAAACAAACGGAUGUCCAUUCGUCUCGGAACUGCAUCCAUCCCCGAGUCAUGCAUCGCUCAUGUUCAGAGGGAGUUUGAUCUCAAACGUAUCGGGUCAAUUCUCACACAAUCUGGGCUUAUCACACCCCAAGAUCUCGAUAAUUGGCAUGAAAUCUCAGCAUCAGUUUCUGGCCUCAUAAUUCAGGGAGCAAUAUCUCUCCAACCCAGUCCAACUCGGAAAAUUCAGUUCAUCUCUUUAGGGAAAGUACCCGUGCUGUCGCACAAUAGCUCGAAUGUUCUGUAUAACGAAGUGAACCGGCUAUUUGCUUCGUCGGAUUUCAGUAAUGCUGGAGCCAUGUCUGGCAGAAGCUCUGUCACACAUCCUGCAUCUUUGGUGAAUCAAAUUGAUGCCCCAAGUAAUGCAAGCACUCGAAGCUGGGCAAAGCCCGUCAAUAAGUGGCCAAUGUUUUACAUCCGCAUUGACACAAACGCUAUUAUACAAUUGGAUGAUGAUGGAUCUGAGCAUCUCCCAGAAUCUGCCAAAUCUGUUCAACGCAUAGUUGAUGUGCUUGGGGCUAUGGUCUAUGAGUUUCUCAGGCAACACAAUCUCCGUCCUCGUAACGGCAAGCAACAGACCUCAUCAUCAGACCAAACCCAGAUCAUCCGUUCCAAAGUCUCUAAAGCAGCUGGAAGUUCUCGUGGUCCCCUAAAACAAGGCCGGCCGGUUUCGAGCACCGAAGAGGCGUUUAGCGGUCAUCUGAAAAUCCCCUCAUUCCCAAGAACCCAGUCUGUGAACUCUAGCCAAAGUUUCGCCAACUGGUCCAGGGUAAAAACAGCUAAGGACAUCAAAGGACAUUCUCCAACCCAUCGACCGCCUCGGCGUUCUCAUGCGGCUCCUGAUAUAAUGCAGGGUGAGAGUUCCUUGCCGAUCCUCCCUAAAAAUAGGCCCACCCGCCGAGAUGAUGGCACAACUCUUCCAAAUUCCCCGAAUCAGAGUGUCUCUGAUGGGGACAGGAACAGAACAGAGGAUUUGCCUGGAGAUUCGCCAUCAGACAAGAUGAUCAACUGGAUCGAUCCACACACCAAGUUGGCCUAUAUGAUCAACCCUCGAACGGGCCAAACAAUGAACUCUCGGAAGUCAUUAGCUACCCAGCGUUCUCCCACUGAAUGUGUUGAUACCUCGUCCAAGCAUCCAACGCAAACUUUUUGGAUGGAAAACCUGUUGGGAGCAUGGGACAAUCCUUCCUUCAGCCGAACAGAAACGCCAAUACCAAAUCUAGGCGCAGAAUCCGCCGGUCAGCAGAAUACAACUACUUCUUCGCACGACUGCUUUAAGGGUAUUGGAUCGCUUGAUACAGCGCAGGUCGCCAAAUAUCGAGGCAAACUUCGACGUCGUGUGCUCGAGACUGCCGAAGUGAUAGCACAAGUGGACAAAAAGUUCAUAUUAGCUAAAGUCCAUACGGCCCCUGUCAUUCUCAAUUGUGUGGGACCAUCGAACGAUGUUCUGCUCUUGAUUGAUCAGCACGCAGCCGAUGAGCGAUGUCGAAUUGAACUGUUGUUUAGAGAGAUGUUCCUCUCUGCUGGGCAAGGUGAAAAUUUGGAGUCGGGUCAUCGAGUGCGGACUGUCCAAGUCGGUUCUUUGGCAUUCGAAGUUUCUUCUACGGAGGGUGAUCUCUUUCAAAAAUAUACGGGUCUCUUCUCAGACUGGGGUAUUGAGUAUGUGACACAAGGCCAGACCAAAUCCACCGUUUUGAUCACCGUGCAUACUCUUCCUAUCUUAAUAGCCGAACGCUGUCGGCUCGAGCCUCAUGUGUUGACUGACUUGAUGAGGCGCGAGAUCUGGUCAAGUGAGGAAGAUGGCAGGAAGCCGUUUCAGUUGAAGAAAACAUUUGAAACGCAAGAUGCCGACCAGGAUCUCGACCUGUCAGACAACGAUAAUGUGGCACACAAAGAAACCUCGACAUCAUACGCCUCACGCUCAUGGGUUCAAAAGAUGAAUGGAUGCCCUCAAGGCAUCGUAGACCUUCUCAACUCCCGCGCUUGCCGAACUUCCAUCAUGUUCAAUGACCCGCUGAACAUCGAAGAGUGCCAGGCCUUAGUCUCCAGACUGGCCCGUUGUGCCUUCCCGUUUCAAUGCGCCCAUGGCCGCCCUUCAAUGAUCCCUAUACUUGAUUUACGAUACCUCUCUGAGACUGCUGUUUCACUACCGCUAGACUUGGAUACCAGAGCAUCUACCUAUGAUUAUUACGACGGCAUGAGUUUAGAUUUCGUGGAGGCGUUCAAAACACGUUAUGUAACAUAA